AUGUCAUUCAUUGACAAAGUAUUUGAAGCUGGAAGCUGGGAUGUUUCUCUUCCUGCUUCUCCAACUCCCCCAUCUGACACAGAGCAAGAACAAGGUGCACCUCCUGUGCUUUCUCCUGUCACUUCCCCAAUCAAUUGGAUGUCUGGUACACCUUCCACCCAAUCCACCAGGCCUGCUGACAAUGGGGCAAAGAAGAACUUUGUCUGGCAGGCUCAGGACAUCGAGUGCCUUGUAGACAUGAUCUACAUCAAUGAGUCAUAUCAGCACACAAUUCUCCCUUCUCAUCACAAUGAAGCCAAUGAGCCUGCCAACAAGCUUCACAAAGAUACAGUCUAUUGUGACCUCAGCAAAUCGGUCUUCCCUGCCAGGUCUGUUGAUCCCUCUUGCAUCAAGUUCAAGGUAUGCUGGCUUCAAGAAACAUACCAUCAGGAGAAGAAAGCUCUCUCACUUACAGGAGCUGGAACACUGCUGAAGGACAUGGAUGCAACAAAUCCUGUUGCUCUCUCAGCCAAGUAUCCUUGGUUUGAGAAGAUGCAUGAGAUGAUGAAUGAAUGUGUGUUGGCAGGGCCAGCUGUCCUCCUCACAACACCUAGACUGGAUGCUACUGGCAACAAGGAUUCCAAUCAUGUGCUCCCUGGCAGCAAUCCCAUGGAGGAAUCCAGCGAUGCAGACCUCGACCACACAGUGCAUGCCCGGAACCUGUCAUGGGCCUGA